ACGGGUCGCCAAACUCACCUUUCUUCGAGUAACUGCAUUUUCAUUCCAUUAUUUUGAACCAUUUCAAUUUUCUUUGCAAUUUUUUCAAGCCGCAAUGUCAGACGGCGAUAGUCGCACAACUAUGCAGACUGAUGCUAGCAUCGAUGCCCGGGUGCCGGUCACGACUGUAGUGCACCCCUUUUUCAUGCCACCCUCUACCAAGCGUGCCAUAAACGCAACACACACAUGUAGUGGAGACAAUGACACGCAGUCCGAUGAUACAACGGCUGAAACAGAGGCCCAGCGUCGCAAGCGCCAGAAGCAGAAGGUCGCCGCUGGGCAGUCUGUGGGUGGAGAGAAGCGCGGGCGCAAGCCAAAAAUAGCCCCGCAGUCGACCAAAAUACACUCGUUCUUUGCGGUCAGCACAAAACGCUUGAAUGACCAGGUGCCAGUAUUGCUGGAGUUGAAUGAUGAUGGCGUCGAUGACGGUGCCAGUAAUGACGACGACAACGACGAGCAUGAAGAAAGUCCCAGUGACAAUGUCGAUAUCACUGCCGCUGUCGAUGGCCGGAUGAGUGUUAGCAGGAACACAGUCAGCAAAGAAGAUAGCUUUGUCUCUGUGUUUUCCGCGUCCACAAAACCCGAGAUCAGAGCACAAAAGGCACAGCGACCAAUUUUCCGCCCAAUUGGCAUCCCUGCGCCGUAUCCAUCGGAGUACACGCACAUCCCUCUUCCAGCACAGGUCCCCUUUGAGCCGGUGGCCCGCGCACAGAACAGUAGGUUUUCAGUCGAUGCGAUUGAUAUAGCGGCAGCCCAAAGGUCGCUGGCAAACCUUACAUGCAGCAAGCACCAGGAUAAUAUCGACAGCGGCUGUAUGCAGUGGCAACAGGAACUCAGCAGCCGCAUCAGCACCCAAUUUCAAACAUAUUUGUCUUCGCGCUCAACCGCAGACAGGGCGAUUAGGGCAGCAUCGGUCAAAUUUACGCGCGGCGCUGCUAAUCUUCCGAGAGUGCCGCCACAUUUUCAGUUUGCCGUGCCUUUUCUCAGUGCUCUUUGUGGUCAAGCAGAACCCUUGGACGCGAGCAAUCUCAAUACACAGUUGCUGUCCUCGCGCUAUCGCCCCAAAAGAGCCUGCGAAGUGCUUGAUAACCGGCGCGUGGUUCUCCAGCUACACUCAUGGAUUGAAGGCAUGCGGCUCAAGCGCGCGCUGCCAGUUCCUGAAAGGGCAGCUCCAACAGAAAAAAUGAUAUUUUUUGACAGGUCGUCUGCGAAAACCUUGCGCGUCUCCAGGCGCACUAUAGAGAGCGACGAAGACGACAGCGAGGCUAAUGCCGAAUACACAUAUUUCAUGGGCGGUGGCAAAGAUGAUGCGGACAGCAGCGAUGACUUUAUGCCGCGAAAGCCAUUGCGACGCAAGAAGAAAAUCAAGAGCAAGGACGAGUUGGAAGAUGUCAUAGCAUGGGCGCAGAGCGACGGCACGCUGAACACUAUGCGCGAUAAGAAAUCCAGAAGGCUGAUGAAACACCAGCGGCAGGGGAGCAACGGUACCUCGAGCGACACAGAAUCAUUUGCCAACGUGAUUUUGCUUGAAGGGCCGUCGGGCUCGGGCAAGACGGCAGCGGUGUACGCCUGCGCCGAGGAGAGCGGCUUUGAGGUGUGCGAGAUCCACCCGGGGCAGAGACGCAGCGGUAAGGACGUGCUGGCAAUACUGGAGGAUGUAAUACUGAGCCACACGAUUGCAGCGCCCACCAGCAACUCCGAUGGCAAGGCGGCAACCAGGGUCAACCAGAUGUUGAUUCUGAUUGAGCAGAUCGACGUGCUGUUCGAGCAAGACCUCAGGCUCUGGCCAGCUCUCAAGCAGCUGGCGCUCAAGAGCCGCCGCCCAAUUGUACUCACAUGCACGGAAGCCGCGUGUGUGCGCUGGGAGACGCUCAUCUUUCAUUCCGUCUUGCGAUUUUCCCGGCCGAGCGAGAGCCUGUUGGUCCCGUACUGCUUUAUGCUGUGUCUGGCAGAGGGAGCCCUGGUCUCUCCGGCCGAUCUGGCGCACAUGUGCCGCGACGCCGGCUGCGAUCUCAAUCGAAUUCUGUGUGCGCUCGAGGUCGUUGUCAGACGGGCCAACCUACCGCAGUCACUGACAUGUGACGACACAUCGUUGAGCUCUACAGGAAUCAAUUUGGACUUGGAUUUGGGCGGAACGCUGACGUGGCUGUUCAAUCCGCUGGAACCCGGAGAGACGCCCGACACCCGGUACAGAUUCUGGAUGGAGCUCGUCACAUCAGCGCAGCCUGCCGAUUGCAUCCGAAACUGGUUUCACCUGUGGCCCGACCCGCCGCCGACCUUUGAUGCUCCUCCGCCAGUGGCUCAAAGCACGGAGACGACGCUUCUUGCUCCUGCUAUGCAAAACAUGUUAUUUUCUCAGCACGCUCGAACAGUUGAGCCCAUUGCAUCUGCCAAUCGGCCAUCAUUAGGAGUAAGUGUCCCGCCGGUGCUCGCUCUGCCAUCACUGGCCAGCCAGAGCCAGCAUGGCAAUGGUGCACCCGAUGCUGGCCGAUCCCCAGGGCACAGCCAUCUGGCCCAGUCGGAUUUGGAUCAGCUCAACGCGGUGGCAGAAUCGCUGGACACGCUUUCGCUGGCCCGAGCUGUCACAAGCGAAUCGCCGACGCAGCACGAGUGCUUGCGAGAGCCCAUGUACUCAUUUGUCGCACCCAUGACCGACAACUGCCUCGACGUCAACUACCUGCUUCUCGACUUUGACGUGCUCACCCGCUACAAUGACACGGUACUACCGGACAGCUUCGACUCUGCCAGUCAGCAAACGUGCGCCGAGAUUGACCGCUACUUGCGAGAUUCAGCCACUAAUAGACUGGUUACCGUGCGGGCCGACGGUUGCAGUGGCAGUAUCGAGCUCAUGAUGGCCGCGCAGGGCGUCAAGCAGCCCGACGUGCCUCCUGCUGACAUCUCAGUACAGGACGCAGUCCAAAGUGGUCUCUUUGGAGCGCUUGAAUUUUCUGGCCUGCAGCCUCAGCGCUGUGGGCACUCUCGCGUCGCAGAGGCUGCUGGUUACCUGUCGACAAUAGUCACUUGGGACUGGGUGCAUCAGGGUAAAGCUGAGCCACCGGCGCUGGACAAGGCUGCUGCAUCGACUCUGCUGGCGGAGCAGGAGCAGGAGCAGCAUCUGUACCGCGUGGGCAUCCGGCGCACGCGCAUGAACACGUACCGCGCGCACAUCAAGCGCAUGUCGACAGAGAUGCAGAAAUUCGUUACCAGCUGGGGUAAAUAUAUUUGAACAAGAA